UGUUUUGGCGCCUAGAGUAUAUGUGUAUAUGCGUGUGUGCGUAUAUUCUAAUAUUGGCACAACAUUACCCUGUUUGUAAACUUGGAUGAAGGAAAGUUUUGUUUCAGGUCAUUUUUGAUUUUAAUGCUCUCAAACCCCCUCAUUUAAAUGGUAGUCAGUGUAGAAGUAUUUCUGUCACACAAACGCCUUGGUUACUAAGAGCCACUGGAGUGUUGUAACAAUUUGAAUUGUCCCCAAAGCUCCCCGCUGUUGUUCCUUCUUAAAAUCUUUUGUGCGGAAGCCUUAAUUAUGCGUGUUUGCGCUUUUCGGAAGCAGUUGAGCUUGACAUGUAGUUUUCAGCUUGUGAGGACUUCUUAUGUGGCAGAGAACCGAUUUUUGUCUGCCUGCUAUUUAUUUUCCUCUGGCAACAGGACCUUAACAUGCUUUGUGUUUGACCUAGUGUGCGCCGGGACUGAGAACAAGCUCAGCACCCUCUCUGAUCUGGAGCAGCAGUAUCGCGCAUUACGGAAGAAUUACGAGAACUGCGAAGUUGUCAUGGGCAACCUGGAGAUCACCAACAUCGACCGGAACAGGGACCUCUCCUUCCUGCGGUCCAUUCGCGAGGUCACUGGAUAUAUUCUGGCUGCCCUGAACCAGUUUGAAUACCUCCCUCUGGAAAAUCUGAGAAUUAUUCGAGGGACGAAGUUGUAUGAGGAAAGAUACGCGCUAACUAUCCUGCUGAACUACAAGAAAGAUGGAACAUUUGGACUGAGGCAGCUGGGCCUACAAAACAUGACAGAAAUCCUGAAUGGAGGCAUCUACAUUGACCAGAACAAGUUUCUAUGCUACGUCAACACCAUUCAUUGGCAAGACAUCGUGCGCGACCCUCGCACUGCAGAUAUUAUAAUUGUUCCCAGCAACACUACUGCAACAUGUGGAAGAUGCCACAAAUCUUGCAAUGGCCGAUGCUGGGGUCCAUCUGAGAACCAAUGUCAAACCCUUACGAAGACGGUGUGCGCCCAGCAGUGUGAUGAGCGAUGCUUCAGCCCAUUUGUGAGCGACUGCUGCCACCGGGAAUGUGCAGGAGGCUGCUCGGGCCCAAAGGACACCGAUUGCUUCGCCUGCACCAACUUCAAUGACAGUGGAGCUUGUGUCAUUCAGUGUCCUCUGCCUUUCUUCUAUAACACAAUAACAUUCCAGGUGGAACCUAAUCCCAACGCCAAGUAUACAUAUGGAGCCUUCUGCGUCAAGAAAUGCCCACAUAACUUUGUAGUGGAUCACAGCUCCUGUGUACGAGCGUGCCCUAGCAACAAGAUGGAAGUGGAAGAAAAUGGCAUCAAAGUAUGCAAGCCCUGCACAGACAUUUGUCCAAAAGCUUGUGACGGCAUUGGAACUGGAAGUCUGCAGAUGGCAAAAACGGUUGACUCGAGCAACAUUGGCAAGUUUACAAACUGCACCAAAAUCAAUGGAAACCUUAUCUUCCUCGUUACCGGCAUUGAGGGGGACCCCUAUCAUAACAUCGAGGCUCUGGAUCCAGAAAAGCUGAAUGUCUUUCGGACAGUCCGAGAGAUAACAGGUUUUUUGAAUAUUCAGUCAUGGCCAAGAAAUAUGACAGAUUUCAAUGUGUUUGCUAACCUGGUGACAAUAGGUGGCAGGAGCCUGUACAGCGGGAUCUCGUUGCUGAUUCUGAAGCAGCAGUGGAUAACGUCCCUCCAUUUCCAGUCGCUGAUGGAAAUAAGUGCCGGCAACGUGUAUGUCUCGGACAACCCCAACCUGUGCUACUACCAUACGGUCAACUGGACUGUCCUCUUCAGAACCAGCAUGCAGAAGCCGGUCAUAAAGAACAACAGGGACUCACAGAACUGCACUUCUGACAGGAUGAUGUGUGACGUCUUGUGUUCUGAUGAUGGAUGUUGGGGUCCUGGGCCAAACCAAUGCCUGUCUUGCCAAUACUUCCGCCGCGGAAGGACCUGUAUUGAAUCCUGUAAUCUGUACGAAGGGGAGUUUCGAGAAUUUGCAAAUGGUACAGUCUGCAUGGAAUGCGAUGAGCAGUGUGAAAAGAUGGAGGAGGAUAUGGUCACAUGUCAUGGAACGGGCCCCGACCACUGUACCAAGUGCUUGCACUACAAGGACGGUCCCAACUGUGUGGAGAAGUGUCCUGAUGGUCUUCAUGGUGCCAGUGGAUUCAUCUUCAAGUAUGCCGACUCCAACCGAGAAUGCCAUCCAUGCCAUGCCAACUGCACCCAGGGGUGCACAGGCCCACGUAUUCGGGACUGCAUCGAGCUGAUGGAUAGGACCCCUCUGAUAGCUGCCGGAGUGAUAGGCGGCCUCUUCAUCGUGGUGAUCCUGGGGCUGGUGGUCGCCGUGUACCUGAGGAGGAAGAGCAUCAAGAAGAAACGGGCAAUGCGCCGCUUCCUGGAGACCGAGCUAGUGGAACCUUUAACUCCCAGUGGUGCUGCCCCUAAUCAGGCCCAACUUAGGAUCCUCAAGGAGACCGAGCUGAAACGCAUCAAGAUUCUCGGUUCUGGCGCCUUUGGGACAGUCUACAAAGGCAUCUGGGUCCCGGAGGGGGAGACAGUGAAGAUUCCUGUAGCCAUUAAGAUCCUCCGUGAGAGAACAGGUCCCAAGGCGAAUGUGGAAUUCAUGGAUGAGGCCCUGAUAAUGGCCAGCAUGGACCAUCCUCACCUGGUUCGCCUCUUGGGUGUUUGUCUCAGUCCCACUAUCCAACUAGUCACUCAGUUAAUGCCCCAUGGCUGUCUGCUGGAUUAUGUCCGCGAGCACAAGGACAACAUUGGCUCCCAGCUGCUCCUGAACUGGUGUGUCCAGAUUGCAAAGGGGAUGAUGUACUUGGAGGAGAGACGGCUGGUUCAUCGAGACCUGGCAGCAAGAAAUGUGCUGGUGAAAUCACCGAAUCACAUAAAGAUCACUGACUUUGGCUUGGCCAGACUGCUGGAUGUGGAUGAGAAAGAAUACAACGCAGAUGGAGGAAAGAUGCCAAUUAAGUGGAUGGCUUUGGAAUGUAUUCACUACCGGAAGUUCACUCACCAAAGCGAUGUGUGGAGCUAUGGCGUCACUAUUUGGGAGUUGAUGACUUUCGGUGGGAAGCCGUACGACGGGAUCCCAGCCCGUGAAAUACCAGACAUCCUGGAGAAAGGAGAACGCCUUUCCCAGCCUCCAAUCUGCACCAUUGACGUCUACAUGGUGAUGGUGAAAUGCUGGAUGAUUGAUGCCGACAGCAGGCCGAAGUUCAAAGAAUUGGCUGCAGAAUUUUCUAGAAUGGCUCGAGAUCCACAGAGGUACUUGGUAAUUCAGGGAGACGAUCGUAUGAAGCUGCCGAGCCCGAGCGACAGCAAGUUCUUCCAGAGUUUGCUGGACGAAGAGGAGCUGGAGGACAUGAUGGAUGCCGAAGAGUACCUGGUACCACAGGCUUUCAACAUCCCUCCUCCCAUCUACAGCUCAAGACCGAGGAUCGAUUCUAACCGGAGCCAGACAGGACACAGCCCUCCACCUGCGUACACUCCCAUGACAGGAUGUUCCCAUGUUGCAAUUGUCCAGUGCUCCAAUUCAGCUUGCAGCGGACAACACAAAGAUGUGCUCACAGAAUCACCAAAGGGCCAGUUCGUGUACCGUGACGGAAUCUUCAGGCCGCAGGAGGGGCUGUCACCCAGCUGCUCCGGGACUGCCCCACUGGAGGAACAGGGUGCGGCCUCGCCACUGGAGGUGUUCGACGACAUGUGUUGCAACGGGACACUGAAGAAACAGGCUCCCCGCCAGCGGGAAGACAGCAGCACCCAACGGUACAGCGCCGACCCCACCGUCUUCCUGUCGGAGCGUGGGCAGAGGGGGGAGCUGGACGAGGAUGGCUACAUGACCCCCAUCCAGGACAAAAAGACCACAGUGGUUUGUGAGCGAGUGGGAUCCAUCCAAGAGGACCGAACGCUGGCAAGGCCUUCCAAGUUAGAUGCCAAGGCCAAACUAUCUCGUGCAGAGUUCUUGAACCAGGUGGAGGAGAACCCAUUCGUGACGCUUCGGAAAAAUGGUGACGUCCACGCUCUGGAUAACCCGGAGUACCACAAUGUCCCAGAGGGGUCAAAGACCAUGGAGGAUGAGUAUGUGAAUGAACCCCUCUACCUCAACACAUUUGGCAAUGUGGUUGAGAACCCAGAGUACCUGCAGGACAAGAUUGCCAUAUCAGAAAAUGUUGACAAGGCCUUUGAUAACCCUGACUACUGGAAUCACAGUUACCUGUCCAAAGGUACCAUGCACAAUCCGGAGUACCUGCAGGAGUACAGCACAAAGUUUUUUUACAAGCAGAAUGGACGCAUCAAACCCAUCGUAGCAGAGAACCCUGAGUAUCUCUCAGAGUUCUCACUAAAGCCGGGGACAGUGCUGCCUUCAUACGGACAGCGUAAUACGGUGGUGUAACCUGCCGAACCCCAGCUUCACUGGACCUCCUCGUCAAACUACAAACAGGUAUCCUCAAUGAUGACUGGAAGGACAAUGUCUAAGGUGACAGUACUGGCAAACUUUGUCUGAAAUGAAGGAGAGUUGGAUUGCUAGAAUUCAGCCCUGGUCCAAUUCAAUCUUUCUAACUGGUACCCGUUACAAAGCAAUAUGGUUACAAACAGGAAAAAAAAAAGAAGGAUUGCUGUGGAAGUACCAAAAAUGUAGAUCUUUGGGAUUCUCUUCUCCUGCAGACCUUCAACAAGACAGUUCAGCAGGUUACGGUCAAGGAACAGAGUGCAAUAGGCUGUC